AUGGCGCCGAGACGAACACACACCAAGUCCAGAAAAGGCUGCCAAGAGUCCCCGGCUACUUCCCCCGACAGCUGUUCCCUCUCCGACAGCGACCGCCGCCGGACAUCGGGUGCCGCCGGUCUUCCCGGCACCGCCGGCCCCGGCCUGUUGAGCGUCGAGCUCGCUCACCCCUGCCUGACCACCCGCCUCUCGAUCGCCGAGACGUGGGGCCAGGGUCUCGAGCUCAUGCACCACUACUGCACCGUCACGGCCCCGUCCAUGGCCUACCGCCUCGACAUGCAGCACGUCUGGCGGACCGUCCUCCCCGGCCUCGCCUACGCCAGCCCCUUUCUCAUGCACGGCAUCCUCGCCGCCGCCGCCAUGCACAAGGCCCACCUCCUCCUGGCGCGCCGCCGCGCCUACGCCGACCUCGCCGUCUACCACCAGACGGCCGGCCUCGAGGGCUUCCGCGCCGCCCUGACCAAGCUCGACGCCGGCGCCACCGACUGGGAGCCCAGCUUCUGCUUCGCCGCCAUCAUGGUCCUCACCAUGUGCUGGCAGCCCGCGGGGUCGCACGGCGAGGCCGGCGACGGCCAGCCCGUCGCCCUGACGCCCGGCGCCCUCGAUCUCUUCGUCUUCAUCCGCGGCGUCUGGGCCGUCAUGGAGCCGUCCGAGGCCCAGAUUCUCGACACGCCGCUGGCGCCGCUGGCUGGCCACGGCCUGUCCCAUCGGCUCGAUCCGAGCAGCUUCAACAAAUCCACGCUGCGCUUCUCCAUCCUGCCCGAAGACAUGUUCGACGCCCUCGACGACACGUCGACCUUUUACGAGACGACCCUCGACGGCCCCAGCAGGCACGACUACGUCAACGCCGUGCACCUCCUGCGGCGCGCCGUGUGGCUGGUCGCCGGCGCCGGCGCGCAGCCCGAGUCGCACAUGGUCAUGUUCAUCCCCUACAAGGUCGAGGACGGCCUGCGGCUCGACAUCGUCGCGUGCCGGCCGCACGCCAUGGUCUUCCUGGCGCACUUUGCCGUGCUGCUGCGCGCGCUCGAGACGCGCUUCUGGUACUUUGGCGGGCUGGCGAAGCGUAUGUUUGCCGUUGUCGACGAGAGCCUUGCGCGGUUUCCGGUGCAUUUGCAUGCGGUGCUGUGGCAGAGGAGGCAUGUGUUUGAGAGCUACGAGUCAUAG